AUACAUAAUUUGUGUUAAUUGACUGUUUAUGUUAUCCAUAAGGCUUCUGGUUAAUAAGAGGCUAUUGGUAGUCUAGUUUUUGUGGAGUCAAAAGUUACAGGUGGAUUUUUGACUUCAGUGGUGGUUGGUGUUCCUAACCCUGUUGUUCAAGGGUCAGCUGUAGUUUAUUCUUUUGGAGUUAAUUGAGUUCAUAUGAACUUCAGUUCACUGACCAAAGAUGAUAGGCUUCUGCUUUCACUGUACUUAAUAAAUGCAUAGAUGGCUUUUGGAUUUCUCCCUUUUUUGAUUCAGACUAGGAAACUGCUGAAAGAGGAGUUGAGAGGACAGCAGUUUACUAUUCAUGCAUAGAAUGUAAAAUAUAAUUUUAAUUAACACUAAUAAUGAAGGUUACUUAUAUUUUUCCAUCGGAAAAAUGAAAAGUGUUCGAGGGAAGGCACGCCAGUAGUAGACCUAGUUGGUAGAUGAAUUGUGUUGAACAAUUAAUAGAAUUUUUUUGUAGAGGUUAUAGAAAUUUUCUCCAUGACAGCAGUAAAGAGAAUUUAGAAUUAAAAUAUAUUUUAAAGGCUUAUUUUCAGUAAUGAAGCUGAUUGAGUUUAAAGAUUAUAUCUGAAAAUGUAUUUAAGUUACAAAGAAUUACAGUGAUGAUUUGGUUUUAGACCAGUAAAAGUUGUAUUUAAAGUGGUGCUUUUGUGUUUUUUUGUUUUGCUUUGAAUGCAGAACACAGUUAUGGCCACCCAGGUAAUGGGACAAUCUUCCGGAGGAGGAGGGCUGUUCCCCAGCAGUGGUAGCAUCGGCAUGGCCUUGCCUAACGACAUGUACGACUUGCCUGAUCUCUCCAGAGCAGAACUGGCUGCGCCUCAGCUCAUCAUGUUGGCAAAUGUGGCCCUAACUGGGGAAGUAAAUGGCAGUUGCUGUGAUUACCUGGUUGGCGAAGAAAGACAGAUGGCAGAAUUGAUGCCUGUUGGGGAUAAUAAUUUUUCAGAUAGUGAUGGAGAAGGACUUGAGGAGUCUCCUGAAGCAAAAGGCGAGCACAAUGGACUGGAAAACAUGGAACUGGAAAGUUUGGAACUCGGUGUUGUGGAGCCACAGCCUGUGUUUGAGGUGUCAGCUGCCCCAGAAACAUACAGCUCAAAUAAAGAUCUUCCUCCGGAAGCACCUGUAGCAGAGGACAAAUGCAAGAACUUGAAGACCAAACCUUUUCGCUGUAAACCAUGCCAAUAUGAAGCAGAAUCUGAAGAACAGUUUGUGCAUCACAUCCGAGUUCAUAGUGCCAAGAAAUUUUUUGUGGAAGAAAGUGCAGAGAAACAAGCAAAAGGCAGGGAAUCCAGCUCUUCCACUGCAGAAGAGGGAGAUUUCUCCAAGGGCCCCAUCCGCUGUGACCGCUGCGGCUACAAUACCAAUCGAUAUGAUCACUAUACCGCUCACCUGAAACACCACACCAGAGCCGGGGAUAAUGAGCGAGUCUACAAGUGCAUCAUUUGCACGUACACCACAGUAAGCGAAUAUCACUGGAGGAAACACUUGAGAAACCAUUUUCCAAGGAAAGUGUACACAUGUGGAAAAUGCAACUAUUUUUCAGACAGAAAAAACAAUUAUGUUCAGCAUGUUCGAACUCAUACAGGAGAACGCCCAUAUAAAUGUGAACUUUGUCCUUACUCUAGUUCCCAGAAGACUCAUCUAACCAGACAUAUGCGUACUCAUUCAGGUGAGAAGCCAUUUAAGUGUGACCAGUGCAGUUAUGUGGCCUCUAAUCAACACGAAGUAACCCGCCAUGCAAGACAGGUUCACAAUGGGCCUAAACCUCUUAACUGCCCACACUGUGACUACAAAACAGCAGAUAGAAGUAAUUUCAAAAAACACGUAGAGCUGCAUGUGAAUCCACGGCAGUUCAAUUGCCCUGUAUGUGACUAUGCAGCUUCCAAGAAGUGCAAUCUGCAAUAUCACUUCAAAUCUAAGCAUCCUACUUGCCCUGAUAAAACAAUGGAUGUCUCAAAAGUGAAACUAAAGAAAACCAAAAAGCGAGAGGCUGACUUGCCUGGUAACAAAAUUACUGAUGAGAAAACAGAAAAAGAGCAGACGAAAGUAAAGGGGGAUGUGUCUGGGAAGAAAAACGAGAGGUCUGUAAAAGUGGAGAAAAAAGAUAAUGUUUCAAAAGAGAAAAAGCCUUACAGUAGUGCCUCAACCCACAUGGCUACCAGAACUCGCAAAUCAGCCACAGAAACUAAAGAAAUGGACAUGCAUACAGGAAAUAACUCAGAAAAAACCUUUAAAGCCAAGAAAAGCAAAAGGAAGAUGGAAGCUGAAGCCCAUUCCUUGCAAGAUCCUGUUAAUGAUGAGGAACCUGUGACAAAAAAGAAAAAGAAGGCAGAAAGCAAGUCAAGAAAUAUUCAGGAAGUGCCGAAGGGUGACAGCAAAAUAGAUGAGAAUAAAGAGCAAAAUAUUUGUAUAAAAAAAAGUACGAAAAAGAAGACUCUGAAAAAUAAAUCAUGUAAAAAAAGCAGCAAGUCUGCUCAAAGGGAGACUGUUCAGAGAAGGCCUUCUCAGAUGGAGCCUGUGCAGGUGGGGCCUGCGCAGAUAGAGCCUCCGCCUCCCAUGGCAUCUGUUCAGGCGGGGCCUGUUCAGGCGGAAGCAACUCCCCCCGUGGGGCCUGCUGAGGUCGAGGUUGUUCAGAAGGGGCCUGUGCACAUGGAGCCUCCUCUUCCCAUGGGGCCUGCUGAGGUCGAGAUUGUUCAGAAGGGGCUUGUUGAGAUGGAGCCUCCUCCUCCCACGGAGCCGAUCCCCAAAAGGUCUCCUCGAAAAGAUAAUAAGAAGGAAAAGUCCAACAUGCAGGGUGAAGUGGCACAGAAAGAGCAGGUCCUUAUUGAAGUUGGCUUAGUGCCUGUUGCAGAUAGGCCGCUUCUAAAGGAAAGCACCGGUACACAGGAUCUCUUAGCACCGUCACCACCUCUGCCAAAGGAAAACGUAAAGGAAGAAGAGUCAAAAGACCAAAAAUUACUCACUGCAGACGAAGGAAAUAAAGAAGCUCCUCUUCAAAAAGUGGAAGCAGAAGAUGCAGGUAAGAGUCUAGCUGGUGUUGCUGCUGUUACCAAGGAAUCUGCCCCUAUUUCAUCCUCUGAAAAGAACUUGAAUUUGCCAGAGGGUGAAACUUCAGAUGGUGGACAUCAGGCUGACACUGUGCUUUGUGAAAUGGAAGUGGACACUGAGGAAAACAAAACAGAGAAUCCCUCUGGCAGAGACCCAGCAGUUGAAGAUCCAGUUCCACCACUGCUUCUUCCUCUGCCACUGGAGAAACAUGAAGCAGUGUCCAAAACUGCUAUGGCAUCACCUCCUGUCACCAUGGCAGUAAAUGAGUCUCAGGAAAUGGAUGAAGACGAAGGCAUCCAUAGUCACGACGGAAGUGACCUAAGUGACAAUUUGUCAGAGGAUAGUGAUGAUUCUGGAUUGAAUGGGGCUCGGCAAGUUCCACAAGAAGCUAGUAGAAAGAAUGCAAAGGAAGCCUCGGCAGUCAAGGUGACUGAGGGAGAUUUUGUUUGUAUCUUCUGUGAUCGGUCUUUUAGAAAGGAGAAAGAUUACAGCAAACACCUCAAUCGCCAUUUGGUUAAUGUGUACUUCCUUGAAAAGGCAGCUCAAGGGCAGGAGUAAUUAAACUUUGGAGAAGGCUUCAGUUCUUAAUUUGUAAGGUCUAUGACAUUUUAUCUUCAUUUGUAGUUGUAGACAACUUUUUGUUUUUAAAAUUGCUUUAAUAAGUGUUCAAUCUUGAUUUUUAAGUGGCACUCUUUUCCUUAGGACUCUGUAUACCUAUUGAUGUGUAAAUUUUAGUAAAUCCAAGGGAGUCAGUGUGUUAAACCAGCAGACACCUAAAUCUGUUAGCUUAUGCAUUUAAUUGAACCAGGAAGGCCCAGGUGAUACUGGAUAGAGCAUUCUAUUGCUUUGUCCAGAUAUAACUUGUCAGUUUUUUCCCCAUGUCUAUCUUCCUCUUUCACUUUUGUUUAUUCUUAGUUCCUUGUCUAGCUCUAUACAAAUUGGCAUACUUAAAAAGCAAAUUACUUGAAGAAUUUCCCUGCUUUAUAUAAAGUUAGCACUUUAAAAUUGUUUUAGUGAUGAAAAGAGACAUUUAAAGUGAAGAGAAAUUCUCCCAGCAAUGGACAUUACGUCAGUCAAGGUAUUUACUUCCUGAGUUUUGAUCAAUGUUUUUAUUUGUGUAUGUUAAUUGUUACAAAAACAAUGAUUUUGGUGGGUUGUUUUUUUUUUUUUUGGUGCUUUAAUGGCUUAAGAUAUUGCACAUUGUUGUUGUUUUUAACCUAUGCAGUUAAAUUUUUCUAGAAAUAGCAUUUGUAUUGUAACACUUUAUACAUAUAUAUGCAUGUUUCUUUUUUCCUCUUUGGAGGGAUGCUUUUUAGUCUUGUUUGCAAAAGGGCAGUUUUCUUUUUCCUUUGCUGCAAUUGUCUUUUUUAGUGUGUGCAAAUUUGUGAGCAAAUGAAAUAUGCAGGUUCAGUCCAUAGAUACUGAUUUUAUUAUCUUAUAUCUAUGCCAGAAUCUGUAUUUCAUAUAAGUAAUUUAUUUUAAAUGGAUGAAUUGAAUUCAUAGCUUUCAGUUUGAACUUUUCAGUAAAUAAACCACUAGGCUCUAUAUUGAAUGGAUUUUUAUCUCAAAUAGCAACCAUAAGUAAAAUUAUUUGGUCUGCUUUGGGUACAACUCCUUCGUAAUUGUACAGUGUUAAGUCAUAUCCUUGAAGAAAACCUUUUUUAAUAGAUGGUUGGUGUUUAUAUGUCAGAGCUGUAAAUGAUAUUUGGAAAUUGCAAAUUUGAAAUUAGGAGGCAUAAUUUCUCCUUCAAGUUAUACAGAAUAUCAUUUUGUGAGUCCAAAGCCAUAGCAGUUAUACAGAAAACGUAGGAUGAGAAAGGUAGUAUGAGUGCUGGUAGACCAGCUGCUGCUUCUGUGAGUACAAUGAAAAAGGCUGGUGAAACUUAAGUACAGUCCAGAUUUUUAAAAAAUCACACUUUCUCAGGGAUCUCCACCAAGUAGUGGGUUUCCUGGCUGUUCCCAUGACAGACAGCCUUUUUCUCCAGGUGAGGCCUCAAUACAUUGCAGCUAUUCUGGUGUUCCUAUGGGGGCACUUUGUGGAAAUAGUGUGUACUCCCAAUCUGUGUUGGUAGGUUCUUUGGUCAGUUGCCAAAGAAUGUGAAAGAAUCUAACAUAGGUUUUUUCCUUGCUGGCAGUUACUCAUUGCAGUAAAAUAAAGUGUGAUCCCAGUAGGGAACCUUGAUUCUGAUACUCCCAUGUUCUAUUCUGAAAUAACGACUUUAUAUUUCAUUUAUUUUUUGGUCUCGUAAUCUCUGAGGCAGGUUUCAAGAGUUCAUCAAUAUAACAUGAAAGAUUAGGAAAAGCAUUGAUGAAGUAUGGGUGGAAAAUUUGUUAAUGUGAGAGGAAAAAUUGGGAGGCCAAAGAUUUAAAGAAGCAGGAGAUUCUCUCAAGAGAAGAGGAGUAAGUUGUGUGUUACUAUGUGUGUUUUGUAUGCGUGAAUGGAGAUUUGUAAAUGAUACUGAAUUCUAGGUGAAUUCUUGGCUCCGACAAUCAUUGUCAACAGAUCAAGCUGCAACAUAUUUAUGUUUUAAAACUUAAAUUAUAAGGCUAGUUAAAUCUUUUUAACAACUACAUUUAAUGUUCAUUGGUAUAUUUUAUGUAAGUUACCUUUUACAAUAUAUAUGAAAAAAUUCAUGUUAAGUACAAAUUGGAGAUUGGGAAUAAGCUUAGAGAAGAGGUUUUUGUGGAUCUUCCAUGCUACCAAAGGAAAAAAUUCAACUUCUGGGGAAUUGGACAAAUUUUCUUAGCUAGUAUUUAAGACUAGAAUGCCAAAAAGAAAAAUAUGAAGGAAAUUAAAACCCCUAAUUCGCAAAGUUAUCUGUGAAAACAUUGUUACUGGAAAUUGAGUGGACUUGAGGUCUUUCUUCCAGAAAACAGGGACUUGAUUGUCAGACCUAUAUUAGGUUCUGAACCUUAAUGCCAUGUAUUUGUACUUAUUAAAAAUUGUUUCAAUGAAAAGUAUAUUAGUAAAAUGAACUUCUAGUCGAGCUGGGAGUUCUUCCAAUUGAAAAAAUGUGGUAUUUGCGUGUGACUGUUUGAAACUUUUUGUUUCCUGAGUUUCUCCUCCACUGAGUUGAAGCUAGAAUUUCCCUUUUGAUAAAAGAGUGAAAAGUGAACAUGUUAUUUGUAAAUUGAUGUUUAAUACUAGAGAGAAAGUUGAAAUACUUAGAAUAUAAGCCUAAUCCUAGGUAGCCUUAUAAAAAUGUAUCUCUAUUAACUGUCCCCUGAACCUGUAUUCACAUUGAUUUUCAAGAUAUUUUAAGUUAUAUUUUUUCCUCUUUUCAGAGCUGCUUCUAAGGGGUUGCUUUUUUCUUUUCUUUCUCUUUCUUUCUUUCUUUCUUUCUUUUUCUUUUUUUGUAAAUUGAGGUGUAAUUCACAAAGGGCUGCAUUUUUUGUUAAGGUUUCUUACAAGUAUGGCUGGAUGUUUUUUCUCUAGUCUUGCAAGAAGGGCCAUUUUAUUUUUUUAGAGUCAUUUUUAAGUCAUGAGGCCUUUAACUUUGGGGACUGUUUUGCAUAUGAGUGCUAAUACAAAUUGAAGUGGACCUCAUUGUCUGUCACCCCAUGAAUGCUGACAAUGGAAAAAAUACUUGUAGUUCUGGACUAAAAACUGGGGAAGAAAUUUAAUUUUCUUUUUUGCACAAAUCAGAAAAAUAACUACUUUGCAGAGUUUCCUUGUUGACUUCAGCAGAUAAAUUGGACUGAUAGUAUUACAGAUUUAAGAAAUUAUCUGAAUCUUGGUUUGAGUAGAUUUGGGAUCUACAUGCAAUAUUAACUAGAUCAGAUAGCUUUUACAUUUUCCCAUAUAUACGUAGGCUCUCCCCACCUUUGUCAACAUCCAUUAGUUAUUGAACUUUGUAAGCUGGCAUUGAAACAUUACAACAAUGUUUUGUUGCACCAAUUUUAUAAACUUUUACAGUGCAAUAUGUGUUAUUUUUCAGAGACAAACCAAAGGUUAAUUUCUCAAGGUUCUUGUUGUUUGCUUUAGCAGCAUUUGAUGGAGGAUCUUUUAUAUACAUUUGUAAUAGAUGAAAAAUAAACCAGAUUGCAGAUUUUUUUUUAAAGCAAAUCAUAUACCAAGUUUUUGGUCCAAAUUAUGUAGGAUAAGUUAAACUUAAAUUGCAUUCUGUUAACGAACAUGAGUGGAUUUUUGUAAGCAUAGUUAAUGUUGAAAUAAAGUUUUAAAAAGCA